CUAAGCUCCGACCUGCUUGUUUACCAGGGCCCUGAUGGUGGGGAUGGACUUGGAGCAGGCCAAGACCAGGUCGCGGCCCCUGGGUUCACCCAGCUGUGGUAAAAGCACAGUUGGAGGUGUAUAGCAGGGUAAAGCAGGAGAAUGGUCAGACAAGCCAGGGAUCAGAGCAGGAGAUGGACAGCAAAUCAGGGUCAGGACAGGGUUGGCAACAAAACAAUCUACAAUCAGGAACUUCAGGAAAACAGGUAAGACCAUACGGCAAUUCAUUGCAGUCAUACACAGAGGAGCGAGAGAGAAAGAAUAUCCUUUACCCAAGCCGAGGUCAGAUCAGGGGUUAAGCAGAGUAGACAGGUCCAAGAGCAAGCUGAGUCAGUAUCAGGAUG